AUGUCGGCGCAACCCCCCCCACCUUCAUCUACCUCGAUGGCCCCGUCGAAUCCUGGAAAUUCUGAGCAUAGUCCCCAGCGACCGGAGCCAGCUCCGCUGCCUAGCCAGGAGAAUGCAGGAACCUCAAGUGCUACCUUACGACCGGUAGCUGCUGGGCCUCAAGCAAUUACCAAGAAGAAGAGGAACCACAGAGGUGGGAAGAAGAAACGAGCAAGAAGACCAUCUUUUGGUGCAUCAACCGAGGAUGGGUCUGGCAUGCCGGAACUACCACGGUCACGACUAGAGCAAGACCCUUCGAAUGCCGCGAGGUCCAGAUUCUACAGGCUUCAAGACAACAACUUGAGCAAUACCAGUGUCGAGAGCGAGGGAUUAUUGGACCACCGGGAGCAGCAGAGCAUGCGGCCUCGAAGGCCGUCCACAAUGACUCAAAGCGCGUUCGGGGUACCUCAAUACGACUCGCCGUCAUCAUACCGCCCCCAAUACCAGAAUCCCUUUAGAUCGUCCGAAAGUGUCGGUCGUAGACCGAAAAGCUCAAGAAAUGAACUCGAGCAAGAGGAGGCUAUAGCCGAGGAUGAACGUGAACCGCUAAUACCACCGUCUUCAAAACCAGUGGGCUCGGUUCCUACAUAUGGUACCGGGGAUUCGACACGCCGUCGUAGACCUUCCAGCAGGUCUUCGUCCAACAGCAAGAGGAAAACCGUUUUUGAUAGGCCGAGUGCUCUGUUUCCGCAAUUCGAAGAAUACCAUGUUAACCAUCCACCUUCGAUACCGGGUAGUCCCCCCGCCAAUUCCUUUGAUCGAGAAAUGAGUUUUGGCGAUGUGAUGGCUCGGGAUGACUUCGCUUCGCCUCGAGCAUCAUCGCGAAAUGUUAGGGAUGAUACACGUGAGCAUGGCCCUGAGAGAUCCCCCUCGCCGAAGGGGAUGCCACGAAGGGAUGGGGGUUAUGAGCGGCGGCACACAAUUGCGCUACAAGCCGAAGAGGAUGUUUGUUUCCCGAUCGAAGACCUAUCAGAGAUGGCAGAAGAUGAGAUGGCUCAACGGGUCGGGGAUGCCUACGCACAAGGGCCUGGUAUGAGGCGGCGAAGGUCAAAAUGGCCAGAUCUAGAUAUUUUGAAUGAGUGGAGCAGAUUUGAGAAGGAAGGUCGAAGCGAGGAACGCAGAGCAAAGAAAAUCACGGAACCACACUUGGUUGGAGGACGGCUGAGACCUACUUAUAGGGGAUGGCAUCGUGCUGAGGACGACGCCCCCUACCGGUUCACCUAUUUCAACGAAGAAUUUAAGAGCACAAUUCAUGGUCAGGCAAUAUCCGAAUUGGUACCACUAGGGGGUAGCUUCCGAGAGCUGUUUAUACCUGAUCCUCCAGUAUUGAGCGAUUCAUCAGACUCCGAAGGCGAGGACUUGGGGUUUCGCCAUACCAAUUCGCAGAUGCGGCAUGUGAGUGGCAUGGAUGGUGAUUCUCAUUCAGGGACAGCCCGGGGAUCAAUGGAGUCCCUGAAGCUUGGCCAUAGCGGUAACCCUACAACAACCCCAACAGAUUCGAAGCGAAGAUCUCAUGAGGACACGCCUAACGGCAAUUCAAAAGCCCCGUCACCAGCACCAGAAAAGCCAACGCGCUAUGGAGAUCGUCCAACCUGGUGGCUCGAUGUGUUGUCGCCCACCGAAGCGGAAAUGAAAGUCAUCUCUAAAGCCUUUGGGAUCCAUCCUCUUACCGCGGAAGAUAUUAUGGUGCAAGAGGCGCGGGAGAAGGUUGAACUUUUCCGCAAUUAUUACUUCGUCAACUAUAGAUCCUUCGAACAAGAUAUGAACAAUGAUAAUUUCCUAGAGCCCGUCAACAUGUAUGUUGUCGUGUUCCGGGAAGGCAUCAUAAGCUUUCAUUUUUCGUUGACGCCCCACCCCGCCAACGUUCGCCGCCGAGUACGUCAACUAAAAGACUAUCUCGUCCUCUCAUCGGACUGGAUUUCAUAUGCUAUCAUCGACGAUAUUACCGAUGCCUUUGCGCCAUUGAUCCAAACUAUCGAGGAUGAGGUUGACGACAUUGACGAUGCAAUCUUACGGCUACACUCCGCUAACCCUGAUGGAAACCCGUUAAAAAUCAACGAAAAACAAUCUGAGUAUGGCGAUGGUACCUCUGGAGAAAGCGGUGGUGAUAUGUUGCGUCGUGUAGGUGAUUGCCGGAAGAAGGUCAUGGGGUUAUAUAGAUUGCUUGGAAACAAAGCCGAUGUCAUCCGAGGGUUUGCAAAGAGAUGUAAUGAGCACUGGGAAGUAGCUCCAAGAAGCGAGAUUGGUCUAUAUCUUGGUGAUAUCCAGGAUCACAUUAUAACCAUGACUGGAAACUUAUCUCACUAUGAGAAGAUCCUAGCACGAGCCCAUGGUAAUUACCUAGCCCAAAUCAACAUCCGUAUGAACGAGCGGCAAGAACAAACUGCAGAUGUCCUAGGUAGGCUAACUGUUCUUGGUACGAUUGUGCUCCCGAUGAAUAUCAUCACCGGAUUGUGGGGCAUGAACGUUUGGGUCCCCGGACAAGAAGAGGAGAGUGAUUUGACAUGGUUUUGGUGUCUUACUGCUGGAUUGCUGCUUUUUGGGUUUAGCUGCUUCUUUGUUGCCAAGAUGGUUUAUCGGAUUGUUUAG